AUGAAAGAAACCAAUGAGUGGAUCACUUGUUGGUAUCUAGAUUUACAGACUUUUAAAAUCCAGGUGGUCCACAGGCUGGGUGUACAGAUAGUUGUGGCUGACUUUUUCUCAAGAAAUGGGGGGCUGCAGACCGGACGGCUAGUCGGCCCGAGUCGGACGGUGGGGGAAUGUGGCAAUGGAGUGAGGUUCAGAGAGGUUCAGAGAGGUGUUCUGCUGUAUGAGACUUUGGCAUGGGAAGUGAGAAUGCCAUCAGAAAUUCAUGGCCUCAAAGGUUCCUGUCUGGUUAUACCGUGCUCUUACUCUUACACUUCAAACCCACCAACUAACCCACGUAGAGUUGUGUGGUAUCAGUGGGUGUCGAGUGGCUACCCUUUAGUUUAUGAUCCCCAGAAAACAAAAGAAGUCAUAAGCAAGUUCAGAGGAAAAACUGAUAUAUAUAACCCUACAAACUCAGAUCGGGAUUGUAGUCUGCUGAUCAAAAGCAUGAAUCCGUCGCACAAUGGAGAAAAAAUAUAUACAUGGAUUGACCCAGAAAAUAUUGGAAAGAGCACCUAUAAGUUUUAUGAUGUCACCUCUACGAUUCUUGUUGACUCAAAUCCACAGCAGCCCAUCAUUAAUAUUUAUGGAGGUUUAAAGACCGGUGACAGCAUUACAGUAGCGUGUUACACCUUACACACCUGUCCAUACAGCAAACCAAACAUCGUUAUGAAGGGUAUUGAAGGAUCUGAUGUAAUAGAUGAUGUCCGUAUGAAAAAUGGUCAAUGGAAAACCACUCGGACACGCACCGGUGUUGUGAAGGCUGAACGCUCAGAUAUUGAGUGUACUGUAACACAUCAUGGAGGCAUAACAACAAGAGCUACAAAAUCACAAAGUGCAAAAUGUGUCUAUUCUAGUAUAACCAUUGAGCCUAAACUGGCAGCAGAUAUCAUAGAGGGUUUUGCAAAGACCUUCACUUGUACCGUCCACCAUUCCUGCCAGACGAAUCCUCCAAUCCUCUCCUGGAACUAUGAGAAUAUGCCAGUCAAAAAUGGAAAGAAACAACUUACAGGGUUUGAAUGGUCCACCUUUUCCACCAUAACCUUUUGGGGGGCAAAGAAAGAUGAUGGAAAGAAAUUAAUCUGCACUACAAAUAUUUCUGGACAGAAAAUCACAGCAUCUGUCGACUUACAUCUACAACAUUUUUGUCUGCUUAUUCUCAGAGUCUCCAAAACCAGUGACUCCAGUCCAGAAUAA